AUGUUAGGCUUGGAUGCGGUAACGAAUUCUGGCGAUUUAAAAGAUCCAGACAAGUUGAGGAGCCAGUUGCAGCAAUUGAAAAGUGGCAAUGUGGACGGCGUCAUGGCCGAUGUGUGGUGGGGUGCAACAGAGCCGAGUGCAAAAUCCUACAAGUUUGAUGGCUACAGACAGCUGUUGGACAUGUGCAAGAGCACUGGUCUCAAGGUGCAGCUGGUGACCUCGUUCCAUCAGUGCGGUGGUAAUGUGGGUGAUACAUGCGACAUCCCCCUGCCAGCAUUUGUAACUGGACAUCCAGACAUCUGGUACAAGGACCAGCACGGGCAUGAAGACAAGGAAUAUAUUUCCCUUUUUGCUGACAACGUCACGAUUGAAGGUCGAACUCCUUUGCAAAUGUACAGUGAUUGGUUCGACGCUCUCUCAUCGACCUUUGCAGCUGAUAUGGGCAGCGUCAUUGAGGAAAUCCAGGUGGGCAUGGGGCCUGCUGGCGAGCUCAGAUAUCCUGCCUACCAGCUAUCUGAGUGGAAAUUCUGUGGCAUCGGCGCCUUUCAAUGCUAUGAUGCCAAUGCGCGUGCAAGCCUGGCUGCAGCUGCGAAGAGCGCAGGACACGAAGACUGGAGCAACCCUCCUGCCGAGGCUGGAGACUACAACAGUCAUCCAGGUGAUGCGGCUUUCUUCCAGAGUGGCUACAAGUCGGACUUUGGAAGGUUCUUCUUGAAGUGGUAUUCUGGUGCCCUUCUGCAGCACGGUGGCGAGGUUCUGAAGCGGGCUCAGCAGGCCUUCUCCAAGUCAGGCGUUCGCUUGGCGGGCAAGGUGGCCGGCAUCCACUGGUGGUACAAAAGCGAACACCAUGCAGCGGAACUUACCUCAGGUUACUACAACGCAGACGGCAAUGACGGCUACGAUUCCAUCGCAGCAGUCUUUCAAACUGUAGGUGCAGGCAUUGACUUCACUUGCAUGGAAAUGGCCGACUCAGAGCAGUCUUCUGAUUGUGCUUCGGGUCCAGAGGAGCUUGUGCAACAGGUGGUGAAGGGUACCUCCGCGCACGCCAUCGCUCUGGGUGGUGAGAAUGCCCUUCCCCGGUUCGAUGACACUGCCUACGGCAGGAUCGAAUCCUACAAGUCAGGCAUGAAUGUGUUCACUUACCUUCGCUUGGGCGAUGAUUUGCUGAACGGAGACAAUUGGAAUCGCUUCCAGGGCUUCGUGAACCAGCAUGGCAGCAAGGCCAUGCCGCAGCUCAGCCAAGAGGAGGUAAACAUGCGACAGAAGCUCCAGCGUGCGCAGGAGGCUGCGAGGAACGAAUCUCACACGGAGCUGGGCCGUUGGAAGAAACAGGUAGCUCAGCUAGACAGCGUGCUUGCAGAGUCAGACGAGGCCCAGCGGUGUGCGGCUAAGGUGCUGAAGCAUCAGAGGUAUGGUCGCGUGCUGCUCAUGUUGAGCUUCGGCAGGCAGGCUGUGAAUGUCUUCUUUGACGGCGUCAAUGCCGCUGCGCUUCCUGCAGUCGCACCCGAUAGUACAAGACGUGACAGGUGUGGCCGCGCCUUUUGGAGUUUCCCUGUGUACUCAGCCAGUGGAGCCAACACAAGAGGCCCACUGCUGCAGGGUAGGGCGCUGAUCUUCGAGUCCGGGAACGAAGAGCAGACGAUCCAGGCAGCUGUGGAUGAAGAUGGGGAUGUUCUACAAAUCACUUCAGGCUACGAGUGUCCUUUUGGGACACAGCUGUUAGCAGACUUUGACCAGUGCCGCAGCGCUGCAGGAGGUUUGGACCUGCCAUUCCGAUUUGACGGUGCCCGGCUGACGGGCUGCCGUUUGCAGCGGCUGGCAAACGUCAUUGUGUUCAACGGGAGGAGUCAUGAAUCGGACAACUUCACUCAGCCAAUUUGCGUCAGACGAUUCUUCAGGCACUUGGCCUGGGAGGCUGCGCAAAAAACAGAUUCUGAGGCUAAGGGCCUGCGGCUCUUCUGCUUCGCCUGGACCACCUGGAAGCCUGCAGACUUAGCCCUCCUGGAUGAAGUGAGGCACACAUUCCGCAAGUGUGAUGGCUACAAGAUCUUCAGCGACCGCAUGCCGCAUGGGAAGGACGAUGCGGACGUGGUCACAGUCAGGGUGCCACACCAGCCUGCCGGCCGAUCGGAUGCGAACUGGCUUUACCACAGGAAUAUGGUUGGGCUAAUGCCAACGUGGAAGCACAUGUUAGAGUCCGAGACGCGCGAACAGUUUGAUUGGUUUCUGAACGUCGAAUUCGACCACCUCCUCUUCCCGUCCCUCCUGCGCUCCACCAUUGCCGAAUACCUGAGCAUUCUUCAUACUGGUAGGAAGGAGCAGCAGCGCAACGUUCGGGGACCUCUACUGCUGAUGUUUGGUAAUGCCUUUGUCUUCAACAAGGAGCUUGUGACCAUGAUGCACGACCAAUGGGCCAGCCUUGGUCAAACUGCACCAGCUGGCCAUCCUGCCGUGGGUUGUCCAAGCUUCAUGGAGGGUCGCUUUGAAUGGCCGGAUUCCUGCUCACAGGACAUCGUCUACCCCAACAUGGUUUCCGUGGCACUGGCCCCACCUGUGCCAGCCUAUGGCGCAGCCGGUUGCGGGCAGAAACCCAAUGAUUUCCCGCUGGCCUGUUUUGAGUACAGCCGUCAGCCCGUUGUGGACACUGGACUGGAUCAGCUUGGCCUUGUCCGUGAGAUUGCCAACGUGCGAGGCUUGAGCAGCGAGGCGGAGGCCGAAGCGCACUACGCCGGUGGCCCCCUAGCCCCACAUGCAGAACUGCUUUUCACAGCGAAGGAUGUGCCGCUUUUUCACCAUCUUGGAGAUCCAGCAGCCCGCCGCACGGCAAGGGAGCUCCUGGACGCCUGA